UCCAGAUAUUUAGUUUCUUGUUUGCACAGUGUCACAUAGGUUAAGCCACCACCAAAGUAGCGAAAAUGAAAGCUAGAGAUAUGGAUGCAGUGGAGAUUGUUGAUGUGGAUGAUGAGGAGGAAGAGGAGAAGGAGUGUGAGGACUGGUGCUUCGUCUGCAAAGAUGGUGGAAGCCUCAUGCUCUGCGACUACAAGGACUGUCCAAAAGUUUAUCAUGCUUCUUGCGUUGAAAAGCACAUCUCAGUACGAAACAAUGAAGAAUCUUUGAUCUGUAUGUUGCACAGUUGCUACUUGUGUAACAAGAGACCAAAGCUGGUUUGUCUUUGUUGCCCACUUGCUGUAUGUGGAGGAUGUUCCCAUGCUGAGUUUAUUCACCUUAAAGAUAACAAAGGGUUAUGCAAUCAAUGCCAAGAGUAUGUCAUUACUUUAGAAGAGAUUCAAGAAUAUGGUGCUGCUAAGGACAAGAUUGACUUAACAGAUAGGGAUACAUUUGAGUGUCUGUUUCUUGAGUACUGGGAGAUAAUAAAGGAUCAAGAAGGUGUAACUUUUGAUGAUGUCAUUGCUUCAAAGACAAGAAAGAAAGGUACCAAGUCAAGGUACAAAGAUGAUCCCAAGUUUGAGCUACAUCAUGUCAACUCUUCAAAGUCACAAAAGAAAGGCAUCAAGCUCAAGUUUGAUGAUGAUGAUGAACCAAAGUUUUCAUUAACUAACCAUGAGGUUGAUGAUGUGGAAGAUUAUAAACCAACGCUCAAACCUAAGAGAAUGGAGUUUAUAGGAUGGGGUUCAAAGCCGCUUAUUGAGUUCCUGACAUCUAUAGGAGAAGCCACAAGAGAUGAGAUGUCUCAACACAGCGUGGACUCAGUUAUCAGAACGUACAUUCGUCAGAAAAACCUGCUUGAUGAUGAGAAGAAGAAGAAAGUUCGUUGUGAUGAGAAGCUGUUCUCAAUCUUCAGGAAGAAGUAUGUGAAUCAAAAGAGGAUUUACUCGCUUUUGAAAGCUCAUUUUAAAGAGAACGUUGAGCAGAUAGAGUAUAUCUCACUCUUGGAACGUGGCUUCGGUUACAAGAAUGAUAAUGUUUCAGUGCCUUGCAAGAAGCAGAAAACAGAAACGUCUGAUGAGGAACCUUGUGAGAAGGAAGUGGAACCUGAAAUGAGACCAACUGGUUUAGCUACAAUCAGUGCAGAUAAUAUAAAACUUGUGUAUCUACGCAAGAGCUUAGUGGUAGAGUUGCUGAAGCAGAGUGAGAGUUCUAGGAACAAAGUGGUGGGAAGCUUUGUGAAAGUGAGGAAUGACCCUAGGGAUCCUAUAGCAUUCCAGAUCUUGCAGGUUACAGACAUUAAAAAUGCUGAUGACAAGGGCAUGUUACUCUAUGUUGCUGGUAUGGAAAGUGAUGUUAGCAUUUCUAAGUUGGAUGACUCUGACAUAACCAAGGCAGAGAUUGAUGAUUUGAAGCAGAAAGUGAUGAGUGGUCUUUUAAGACAACCAACUCUUGUUGAGAUGCAGCAGAAGGCUAAGGUCCUCCAUGAGGAUAUAACAAAACAUUGGAUUGCAAGGCAACUUAUCAUUCUGCAAAAACAGGAGUACUUAGAAGAGAGAGAGCUUCUCCAAAAGCCUUCAGAGCAAGAGAGAUUGUUAAGACAAAGGCCAAAGAUCAUUGAAGACCUCAUCGAGAUUGAACAAGAACCACCAGCUGCAUCCUCAGAUAACAGCAAAGGGAACAUUUGUGGUUUGUCUCAGGAAGUGGUCAUGAUAGAUAUUGACUGA